CAUGAAUUUCAAUCGGAAAAUAUGAGCACAUAAUCCACCAAUAGCUGAUCCUUAAGUUACUUGCUUCAACUUUUUCUUUCAGAAGAUGGCAAUGAAAGAGUGGAAAUUCAGAGAGAAUAGCAAAUUAAAGACUGCAUCAGCGUUUUCAAUCAAACUUGUUCUUGAUGAUGUCAAGACAAACGUAAACCCAAGUGAUCAAAGGCCCAUUAUACCUCUCGGCCAUGGAGAUCCUUCGUCAUUUCCAUGCUUCCGCACGACUCAAGUAGCAGAAGAUGCAGUAGUCGACGCUCUCCGCUCUGCUAACUUCAACGGCUAUGCACCCAAAGGCGGAGUUCUUCAAGCAAGAAGGUCCAUAGCCGAGUUCCUUUCUCGCAACCUCCCUUAUAAGCUAUCUCCCGAUGAUGUUUAUGUAACACUCGGUGCUAAACAAGCAAUUGAAGUAGUAUUAUCUUCACUGAGAAAACCAGAUGAUAAAACUGUUGCCAUGGUCAUUAUCAAUCCCGGGAACCCUUGUGGCAAUAUAUUCUCACAUCAUCAUCUACAAAAGAUUGCUGAGACUGCAAGAAGGCUGGGAAUAUUAGUGAUAUCAGAUGAAGCUUAUGCACAUUUGACUUUUGGAAGUAAGCCAUUUGUGCCAAUGGGGGUUUUUGGCUCUGUUGUUCCUGUUUUAACCCUUGGAUCUUUAUCAAAGAGGUGGUUGAUUCCUGGAUGGAGGCUUGGUUGGAUAGCAAGAAACGACCCUGAUGGCGUUUUUAACGAAUAUGGGUUUAUUGAGUGCAUAAAGAGGUCUCUUAAUACAAAUUCAGAAGCUGCAACAUUCAUACAGGCUGCUGUUCCUCAAAUUCUUGAAAAGUCAAGUGAUGAUUUUUUUGUCAAGACUAUUGACAUACUGAGGAAAGACGCUGAGAUGUGUUAUGAAUGUUUGAAAGACAUUUCAUGUUUUACAUGUUUACAAAGGCCUCAAGGGUCUCUCUUUCUGAUGGUGAAGUUGGACUUGUCGAAGUUGGAAGGGAUAAAAGAUGAUAUGGAGUUUUGCUCAAAACUUGCUAAAGAGGAGUCUGUUAUCCUUCUGCCUGGUUUUGUGUUAAGAAUGAAGAAUUGGGUGCGUGUAACGUUUGCUAUUGAGCCAUCUGCUCUUGAAGAUGGGCUUGAAAGGAUUAAAGCAUUUUUCCUGAGGCAUGCAAACAAGAAAUAGAGAUUUUAUGUUAUUGUAGUCCAAACAAAAUACAUGGGUGUAUUAUAAAUAAUAAAAAUUAGUGAUAUGAAGGAUGAGGCUAUCUUGGUCAUUUUAAAUUAUUCUCAACCUAUUUGACCUA